AUGGCUAACACAUAUACAUUUGAAUUAAACAUGACAUGUGAUGGAUGUGCAAAUGCAGCACGAAAAGUAUUGUCGAAAUUAGGUGAUGAUAUAUCAGAUGUACAAAUCAGUAUACAGGAUCAGCGUGUCGUUGUUACAACCACACUACCAGCUGAUUCGAUACUUGCAGCACUGCAGAAAACUGGUAAAAAAUGCAAGCAAAUUUGUUGA